UGUUUUAAAUAAUUACUGUUACUAUUUACAUUCGAGAUCAGAAAAGGGAAAGGUCUCUCCAACAGCCAUUGAAAACAUAGACAAGGAGAGCCAAAAAUCAAAAAAUUCGCAAAAUGGGAACACCCUUCAUCUCACACCUGGAGCCCACGCGGCUAGACGGGUAUGACCGAACGCUACCGCACGACCAGCAGCCGGUGGGGGCGCAGAUUCCCAAGGUGUUCUGCGAUGCGAUGGAGGUGCGCGAGGCCGUCUUCGUGCGCGAGCAGGGUGUGCCUCUCGCCAACGAGCUCGACGCCGAUGACCCCCGCUCCUGCCACUGGGUCACCUACGCCAGCGUCAACCGCGUCACCGCCCACGAGCAGCGUGACCCUUCCACCGGCAAACUCCUCCACCCACGCCGCUCUGAGACUAGCUCCAUACCCAUCGGCACCCUUCGCAUUGUCCCCUUCCCCCACCCACCGCACCCCGUACCCGGCGGUAGGUACGUAGACAAUGUACUACUACCACAGGAGGAAGAAGCCGACGGCGACGACAAAGAAGCAGAGGCCACGCGGUCAAAAGACCAGACCGGGGACGCCGCCGCCGCUACCAACAGACCCCGAGCCAGGACCCUAACCUCCGUAGAAGAAGAGCGGCAAGCCUCCGCCCUACCCUUCGGCACAGACAGACCCACAACAUUUCACGACGGAAAAGAGCCGUACGUGAAGAUGGGGCGCAUGGCCGUGAUCCCCGAGUUCCGGGGCCACCACAUCGCGGGCCAGCUCUGGCGCGCCGCCCGCAAGUGGCUCGAGGACAACCCGGCCUUCUUUAACCCGAGCGUCGCCGAGCUCGGCAUGGACCAGCUCAAGGCCGGCGCCCCCAGCGACAUCCCCAAGUGGAACGGUCUCAUCUGCUGCCACGCCCAGGAGCAGGUCGCCUCCCUGUAUGAGCGUUGGGGCUUUCGCGUUGACGAGGGCAUGGGCAGGUGGUUUGAGGAAGGGAUCCCUCACGUCGGCAUGUUCCAGCGGCUGAAUAUCAAGAACGUUACUCCGAAAGUAUGAUGUAUAUCACAUCACAUCACAGAAGAGCAGAUGGGAGGUUUUAAAAAAGGGGAAGAUUAAACUAGGUAUCUAGAGCUGCUUACUCCGUUAUUAGCGUUGCUAUUCAUCCCAUGACACGUACGCAAAGAUUUACAACGAUAUCAAUUCGAGCAUGACCAAUUUUUUUAUUAGUUUUCAUCUCAUGAGUUUCAAUGUGAAGUAUCUAGUCAGUGCCCUAGGUAUUUAGAGAGU